AUGGAAGAGAAUGACAAACAACUACCAUCGUGUAGUAUUUGCUUGGGUUCCUCAGAUUCACAAUAUAUCAAAUAUAAUUUGAUAGUAUCAGGUAUAAUAUUACCAAUUAUCGGUUUAAUUGGAAUUGUUGGGAAUUUCUUUGUAAUGGCUGUUUAUGGUAGUAUCGAACAACGAAGCCAUUCAACAAAUAUUUAUUUGGCUGCUUUAGCAUUAAGUGAUUUUUGUAUGAUAUGGACAGCAAUUAUUUUAUAUGGUUUAGAAGCCUGGAGGCAUCAUGGUCCAACAGUUUUGGCAACAUUUUAUGGGAGAAGCGCAGAAUUUGUUUUUCCAAUCAGUACUAUCCUACAAACUACAUCGGUUUAUUUUUGUGUUGCCGCAGCUGCUGAUUUCUUUGCUCGAAUUGUUUUAUCGGCAAAAAUUAAAGACAAAAUUUGCACGCCAAGAUUCGCCCGAUUAUCUGUACUAUUUAUUGCAAUAAUAUCGCUAUUAUACAAUGUGCCACAUUUUUUUGAAUUAACAACGAUUGAUUGUAUCGAUGAAAUACGAAAUAAUACGUUAUCAGUACAAGUCUGUCCUACCGAACUUCGAAAUAGUGCAUCCUAUUAUCAAUUAUAUUAUACUUAUAUGUAUACGAUAUUUAUGGCUGUUGGACCACUUUUGCUUCUUAUUAUCCUUAAUGUAUUGGUUGUUCGAGCUGUACUAAAAAAUGGCGCUUCAGAUGAUUCCGAUACAGUUAGUCUUAUACUGGUCGUUUUCAUGUUUAUCUUUUGUAAUUCAGCCGCUCUUUUGGUUAAUUUUAUUGAAAUGGUUUUCGCCGAAAAGGUAUAA